UGCUCUCUCUUACUCUCUUCCGAGUUCCGAGACUCUCUCUCCGUCUCCCGAUUCCUGCCCUCUCUGUCUCGCCUCCUCACACAUCUAUUGUUGCCCUCUGUGCGGCGAAGAAGCUCAUUCUCGUUUCUUUCGUGGAAUUUUCAUUUUCUUCUCCCCAUAUAUUUUUGUGUUCGAGCAUUGCGAGAUGUCGAAAGAAGGAGCAUUGGAUCUGGCAUCUGGUGUUGGCGGAAACAUUGAGAAGAAAGAAGUUCUUUCUUCUGUUGAUCAGUAUGAGAAAUAUCAUGCCAAUUAUGGAGGCAAUGAGGAACAGAGGAAAGCUAACUACGCUGAUAUGGUUAACAAAUAUUAUGAUCUUUCAACUAGUUUCUAUGAGUUUGGCUGGGGAGAGUCUUUCCAUUUUGCGCCCAGAUGGGAAGGAGAGUCUCUUAGAGAGAGCAUCAAGCGGCACGAGCACUUUCUUGCUUUACAGCUAGGUUUGAAACCUAAACAAAAGGUGUUGGAUGUUGGUUGUGGAAUUGGUGGGCCAUUAAGAGAAAUUUCUCGAUUUAGCUCAACAGCGAUCACGGGGUUGAACAAUAAUGAGUAUCAGAUAUCAAGAGGGAAAGAAUUGAAUCGCAUAACAAGAGUGGACAAGAACUGUGAGUUUGUGAAGGCUGACUUCAUGAAAAUGCCAUUUGCGGACAAUACUUUUGAUGCCGUGUAUGCUAUAGAAGCUACUUGCCAUGCACCAGAUGUGCUGGGAUGCUACAAGGAGAUCUACAGAGUGUUAAAGCCUGGCCAGCAUUUUGCUGCAUAUGAGUGGUGUAUAACUGACUCUUUCGAUCCUAAAAACCAAUGGCACCAGAACAUAAAGGCAGAAAUUGAGCUUGGUAAUGGCCUUCCAGACAUAAGGUCAGCAGGGAAAUGCCUUGAAGCUUUAAAACUUGCAGGAUUUGAGGUUAUGUGGGAGAAGGAUCUUUCCUUGGAGUCACCAAUGCCUUGGUAUGCACCUCUGGAUCCUCGUCAUUUCUCACUAAGCAGUUUCCGUCUAACAUCUUUUGGUCGUUUCUUCACAAGAAAUUUGGUAAAGGUCUUAGAAUAUGUGCGCCUUGCUCCAGAAGGAAGUCUAAGAGUUCAAGCUUUCCUUGAGAAAGCUGCAGAAGGAUUGGUUGCUGGUGGAAGGAAAGAGAUCUUCACACCAAUGUACUUCUUUUUGGUCCGGAAACCAUAUUCAGGCAGUACUUCAGCUGAAGCUUCUUAAGGUUUGGGACAUUGUUAUUUUUACAUUUGCCUUCCUUUCGCAUUGGAUGCAUCAAAUGCAUUUUCUUUUUUAGACUGUUCCAGCAAACUCCAACCAUGCUAGUUGUUUUUGUGAUGGCACAUUGAAGGACCGAGCUAUUUUGUCAUAAUUGCUUUCAUUUUAAGCUCCAUUUGUGAAAAUUGAAAUUUUGGUCUUAGCAGUUUAA